CACCUGGGAUCCCCGUGCCCGCCCCGCGGCGGCGGAAAUUCGUUGUCAGCCGCCGCGAGGCUUCCCCAGGUUCUCCCUGGCGGGGCUGCCCGGGGGCCGGGACCGCCUCCCCGAAUCGGACGGAGCCUGGCUCCAAGCGGCGGCCUUUUCUGGCCUUGAUUCCCCCAGCGAGUAGAGGGCCCCCAGCCGGUCACCGUCCAGCCCCAGGCCCCCGGCCACCACCAACGACCCUCUACGCCUGCGCGGUUCGCCGCCUAGUGGGUAAUCUCGGGAAGGGAGCGCGAGGUGCGGCUAGAGUGUCCUCUCCUACUCGUUUGCCCGGCGGCUUCGUCGGCUAGAGCGUCGGUCCCCAACUCUCUCGCCCGUCGGGCCCGCGCGGCUAGAGCGCCCUCGCGCAGCUCGUAUGCUCGGCGGCCUCGGCGGCUAGAGCGUCCUCACGCAGCUCGUAUGCUCGGCGGCCCGGGCGGCUAGAGCGUCCUCCUCCUGGGGAGCCGCGUGUGACCUUCCCGCCCGCGGACCGAUGCUGCCGGCGGCCGCUCGCCCCUUUUGGGGGCCGUGUCUCAGACGUCAGGGCGCUGCGCUCCGUCUCGCCAGGCAACAGGUGCCCCGCGUCUGCGCUGUGCGGCUGAUGAGAUGCAGCAGCCCUCGAAUGGGGGAGGCCCUCGCCGGCGCACCCCUGGAUAACGCCCCCAAGGAGUAUCCCCCCAAGAUCCAGCAGCUGGUCCAGGACAUCGCCAGCCUCACGCUCUUGGAGAUCUCAGAUCUCAACGAGCUUCUGAAGAAAACCCUGAAGAUCCAGGAUGUUGGACUCAUGCCAAUGGGUGGCACAGUGCCUGGUGCUGCCCCUGCUGCAGCAGCCGCAGAGGUGAGCCCAGGCCAGGGUCCUGUGCCGAAAGGCCCCCGUCUUGCCUCGUGUCACAUGGCCCGACGCCCAGAUUUCUCCCAUUGUCCCUUGUCUUGGCCCUGCAUCAGUCAGCGCGCCCUGCAGACCUGUGUGUGCUGGCUGUGGGUUCCCCUGCAGCCCUGCCAAGGGUGUGCGGGUCCCUGCCCGCGCGGAGACCAUGUUUUCGCGGGGGGAAUUGACAAUGAGUCAAAGGAGAAGAAAAUGUUUGUUGAAUAGCAGGACUUGAACUCAAGUGCUACGAGAAAAAAGUAGGGAAGAAGCUGAGGGGAGAGGAGGGUUAUGAUGUCAAGAAAGGCCCUAAAGCCGAG